AUGGUCAAGCCCUCGAAGCAGUUCAAGAAGUUCGCUGCGUCCGGCAAGCUCAAAGAGACGAUUCAAAAGCGUCGAUCGAUCCAACAAUCCAAGCGGAAAUUCGACGAAAAGCUUCAACAGCGAAGCAAGCAGCGCGGGAAGCCCGAGGACGAGGGUGUCGACGAUGAUGAGGAUGACGAGGGAGCCAACGCGCGGGAUAUGAAGAAGGCUGGGACGGGCGGAAGGGCGGGUGGUGUCGCUCGAACAGUAGACGAGCUGUUUACGGAUGGAGGGCUGGCGGGUCCGCCCGACGCCGAAGAUGGGGAUGAGGAGGAGGAUGACGAGGAGUUGAGCGAGGGGAGCGAUGAAUACGAGGACGAGGGGAGUGAGAUGGGCGAAGAGCUAGAGAGGGACGAAGAGGCGAUGAAGAAGGCGAUGAAGGAUCUGGAGAAGAAGGAUCCGGAGUUCUUCAAGUAUCUGGCGGAGAAUGAUAAGACGUUGUUGGACUUUGGGGAUGGCGGUGAAGGGGAGGAUGAGGAUGAGGAUGAGGAUGAGGAUGAGGAUAUGGAGAGCGGGGCUGAGGAAGAUGAGGAGAUGGAGAGUGGCGAUGAGGAGGAAGAAGAGGAGGAUAAGCCAAAGAAGGUGGUUGUGACGGGCAAGAUGUUGAGGCAGUGGCAGGAGGGUAUGCUCAGGCAACACUCGCUCAAGUCGCUUCGGAGUACACUGCUCGCUUUCCGUUCCGCCGCGCAUAUGAAUGAGGAAGAGUCCGAGGGAGCCGGCGGUACAAAAUACGCCAUCAACAGCCCGGCCGUCUUCAACAAGCUCGUCAUUACCGCUCUCAAGUUCACACCCGUCGUUCUGGCUCACCACAUCCCAUACAAGCCGCAACGAGAUGGCCGAAUCAAAGUGUCUCAACCCAAGAAACCCAACCCGAGACUGAAUCGCCUUGUCCUAUCCCACUUCACGACCCUCCUCCAUUUCAUCAAGACCCUCCCCUCUCGCCCCGCCCCAGGCACAGAGGAGGGCGAGGAGGCCGCUGCGGGCGGAUUGUUGCUGGUCGCUCUGAACGAGAGUAGUAAGCUCGUACCGUGGGUCCUGGGCGCAAGGAAGCAUGUCCGGGCGUACUUGAAGACUCUGCUGGAAUUGUGGUCCUCCGCUAGCGACAAUAUCCGGAUCGCGGCGUUCUUGGCUGUCCGUAAGCUGUUUGUCGGUGGUGACGAUGCGAUCCGGGAUAUCUGCCUGAAGAACACCUACCGCGCCCUCCUCGCUCCUCUCCGCAAUACCACCCCCCACUCCCUCCCCACGCUCAACCUCCUCAAAAACACCUCAUCCGAGCUUUUCCUGCUCAACCAGCCCAUCUCGUACCCGCACGCAUUCACCGCCAUCCGGAUGCUCGCCGUACACCUCCGCGACUGUAUUCGGGACGUCACCGCCGCCCCUUCCCAGCGGAACGCCAAUGGCGAUGCGCCGCCCAAGAAGGACGUGGGGCAAGAGGCGUUCCGGAAAGUCUACAACUGGCAGUUUGUGCAUACGAUCGACUUUUGGUGUCGGACCCUCGGGGCUGGAUGUAGUCGGGAAGCGGAGCUUGAGCGGGGUGGUGUGAAGAGCGAGUUGGAACCGCUCGUUUAUCCCUUGGUCCAGAUUGCUCUCGGUGUGAUUCGUCUUCUCCCUUCCCCCCGAUACUUCCCGCUCCGAUUCCAUAUCCUCCACUCCCUCCUCUCCCUCUCCUCCAAAACCGGCAUCUACAUCCCCCUCACACCGUACCUCCUCGAAAUCCUCGAUUCGGCCGACUUCCGCUCAUCCGGCAAAAAAUCCACCCUCAAACCGAUCGACCUCGAGUAUAUUAUCCGCGCACCCCAGGCAUACCCCCGCACCCGGAUAUACCAGGAGGUCAUCGGCGAGGAGCUCGUCUUUCUGCUGGCGUCCUUCCACGCGUUAUACUCGACGCACAUUGCGUUCCCGGAGAUCGCGCUUCCGGCGGUCUUGACGAUCAAGAAGCAUCUCAAGAAGGGGACGGCGGGGAGUGGGAAGACGGCCCAGCAGUUCAAGGUGCUGGUUGAUACAUUGGAAGAAGGGCGCAAGUGGGUGGAGAGCAGGAGAAGAGGGGUGGGGUUCGCGCCCCGCGAUAGGAGCGAAGUGGGGAAGUGGGAAGAAGGGCUAGGAGGGGUGGGGAAGACGCCGGUAGGUAUGUGGAGGGCGACGCUGGGUAAGGCGAGGGAGAGGAAGAGAGGGGAGGUGGAGAGGGCGUUGAGGGAGGAGAGGUGA